GGACAGAGAGGACUCCGGCGCCAGUCUCACACACACACACACAGCUGAAUAGCGGGACUGUUCUCUUUCCCAAGCGGAGUCUCAUAAGCUCUCCGUGUCUGUGUUUCCCGACUCUCCGCGCAUGUGGACGUUUUCUCUCGGUCUCUCCCUCUCGACCACUUGAUCCAGCAAUCCCAACCACGCACACACCACUAGACCACACCAAAAGCACCCGCUCAACUAACGGGACAGAAGCAGUAGCAUGGUCGGCUUUAGGACACUGUUCCCGGGACUGCUGCUGCUGCUCGCCGGGCUACCGGGGGGAGAAGGACGGGGACGGGAGAGAGUGUAUUACGUGGGAAUCAAAGAGAUCAACUGGGACUACGCUCCGACAGGCAUGAACCUCAUCAACGGGAAACAAAUAGCGGACGAUGAGCAUGCGUCAUUGUUCCUCCAGAGUGGUCCCCAGCGUAUUGGCAGUGUGUAUAAGAAGGCUGUGUACAGGCAGUACACGGAUGCCUCCUACCUCAUCGAGGCCCCCAGGCCCGGCUGGCUGGGCUACCUGGGGCCUGUGCUGCGGGCGGAGGUUGAUGAUGUCAUCAUUGUGCACUUGAAGAACUUUGCCUCCAGAAACUACUCCAUGCAUCCUCAUGGGGUCUUCUACGAGAAGGACUCAGAGGGGGCGCUGUAUCCUGACGGUACAUCAGGCAGACUGAAGCAGGAUGACAGUGUAGGCCCCGGGGCCAGCUAUACGUACCGCUGGGAGGUGCGACCUGAGUUCUCCCCUACAGACGGAGACGCAGCCUGUCUGACCUGGGUAUACCACUCACAUGUAGAGGCUCCUAGAGAUAUCACUUCUGGACUCAUAGGAGCUCUGCUCACCUGCAAGAAAGGUACCCUGACAGAGGAGGGUCGUGUAGAUGUAGACAGAGACUUCGUUCUGAUGUUCAACGUGGUGGACGAGUCUAUGAGCUGGUACCAGGAACACAACAUCCAGACCUUCUGUUCUGACCCCGCCUCUGUCGACCCUGAGGACCCAGACUUCCAGGAGUCCAACAUGAUGCAUGCCAUAAAUGGGUAUAUGUAUGGUAACCUGCUUCACAUGGAGCUGUGCCAGGGUCGCACGGUGGCAUGGCACCUGUUUGGGAUGGGCAACGAGGUGGACAUACACUCCGCGUACUUCCAGGGCAACACCCUAUUGGACCGCGGUCACCGUGCCGACACACUCAGCCUGUUCCCGGCAACCUUCGCCACCGCGGCGAUGGUUCCCUUGGCGACCGGGAAAUGGCUGCUGAGCUGUCAGGUCAACGACCAUCUACAGGCCGGUAUGCAGGCGCUGUAUGAGGUGGUAUCCUGUGAUGAUGGUAACAGCCCCUCAGCAGCCCCCCCUGCUGGCCCAGUCAGGAAGUACUACCUGGCAGCAGAGACUGUCACCUGGGACUAUGCUCCUACCGGCAUGGACACACACACCAACCUCGCCCUCACACUACCUGACAGUCCCUCUGAGGUGUUCUUCGGUAGUGGUGAUGGCAGGAUAGGGGGUCGCUAUAUGAAGGCGGUGUAUCGUGGCUACACAGACGACACCUUCACUACCAGACAACCUCUCACCCCUGAAACACAACACCUGGGAAUACUGGGCCCGGUGCUGAGGGCUGAGGUAGGGGACAUCCUACAGGUGGUGUUUCUGAACAAGGCAGACAGAAACUACAGUAUCCAGCCUCACGGCCUCCACUUCGACAAACGAUACCAGGGAACCAGUUACCAAGACGGUGUAGAGAAGCCAGGCUCAGCUGUGUCUCCAGGCUCCAGGUUUACCUAUACCUGGCAGGUGUUGGAUGGUCCCUCCCUCUCUGACCCUCCCUGUUUGUCCUACCUGUACUACUCUGGCUCCUCCCCUGUAGAGGACACCAACGCUGGCCUCGCCGGACCACUACUGGUCUGUAGGCCCGGAGCACUGGGGGACCACGGCAAGCAGAGGGAGGUAGACAGGGAGUUGUUCCUGCUGUUCUCUGUGAUGGAUGAGAACCUGAGCUGGUACCUUCAGAGGAACAUAGAGACCUAUGGAUCAGACCAGUCAGACCCAGAGAACGAAGACUUUCAGGAGAGCAACAAUAUGCACGCGGUGAACGGCUUCAUGUACGGGAACCUUCCAGGCCUGGACAUGUGUUCCGGGGACAGGGUAUUUUGGUACACCUUUGGUCUGGGUACGGAGGUGGAUAUCCAUGGGGUGUACUGGGAGGGGAACACCUUCCAGAGACACGGUACUACCAGGGAUACACUCAGCCUGUUCCCCCACACCACCGCUGCUGUCAGCAUGCUGCCACACACACCUGGUGUAUUUGAGGUGAGCUGCAGAGUGACUGACCACUAUAAUGGAGGGAUGAGACAGCAGUACUCUGUGAAGCCCUGCUCCGAGAGCAACGUGAAACACACACACUCCCCUGCCUCGUCCGUGGUUCGCUACUACAUCAGCGCAGAGGAGGUGGAGUGGGACUACUCACCUAACCGGGUCUGGGAACUAGAGAAACAUCACGCUACAGAGGAGGACAGUCCAGGCAGUGUAUUCGUGGGCAGGGGAGAGAAUCGUAUUGGUCCACGCUAUAAGAAGGCAGUGUAUAUACAGUACACUGACGACACCUUCAGGACACAGACGGAACUGCAGCCGGAACAACUGCACCUCGGCAUUCUGGGUCCUAUAAUCAGGGUGGAGGUGGGAGAGGAGGUUCUGAUCACCUUUAAGAACAGAGCCAGCCGUCCGUACUCUAUACACGCUCACGGAGUGGUCACUACCGACACACACACACCUGUCCAGCCAGGUUAUAUGACAGAGUUCAGGUGGGAGGUGCCAGAGAGCUCUGGGCCAGGAGUCUCUGAUCCUAACUGUAUCUCCUACGCGUACUACUCUACUGUUGACUUCGUCAAGGACGUGUUCAGUGGUCUCUUGGGCCCCCUAGUGGUCUGCAGACAGGGAGUACUGCAGCGUGGAGCUGAGGGGGGAACGAGGAAGAGGAAGGACGUGGAGAGGGAGUUUGCUCUGCUCUUCAUGGUGUUUGAUGAGAAUGAGUCAUGGUACCUGGACGACAACAUCAGAACUUACCUCCACGCUGACCCCAGUAACUUCACCAUGGACGACAACUUUAUAGAGAGCAACAAGAUGCACGGUAUAAAUGGUAAGCUGUAUGGAAACCUACAUGGUCUAACCAUGUCUAAUGGCCAGACAGUGGACUGGUAUCUACUGGGGAUGGGCAACGAGGUCGACAUACACACCGUCCACUUCCAUGCUGAGACGUUCACUUAUAAAACGGACAGUGUGCACCGUGCGGAUGUGUUUGACCUGUUCCCGGGGACGUUUCAGACGGUCGAGAUGACUGCAGGGAACCCUGGGACAUGGCUGUUGCACUGCCACGUCGCCGACCACAUCCACGCUGGAAUGGAGACUACUUUCACCAUCACGGAGAAAACAUCACAUGCACCUGGUAUUGGAGGUUCUAUCUCCACUCUGCUACUACCACUACUACUGACCGUUCUCCACUAGACUACUCUGUGUGUGUGUGUGUGUGUGUGUGUGUGUGUGUGUGUGUGUGUGUGUGUGUGUGUGUGUGUGUGUGUGUGUGUGUGUGUGUGUGUGUGUGUGUGUGUUCAUAAUGCAUUAUCAGUCUAUGUAAUCAGCUAUCAAACCAAUCAGUCCUACAAUAGAUAAAAUGAAUGAUGAAUGCCAGUUGAAUAUUACACAGCUUUACCAUCCAAUCAUCCAUGUUACAGCGUUAUCAUAGAACUAGGAAGUAGAAUGCUAGAAUGGACAUGAACCUUCUUGUGAUGGCAUCAAAGGUCCGCCAUAUUGGUCAGGGAGUUGAUCAGCCAUGGUUUGCCAGUGCUGUUAUACUUUAUUGUGUAAAGCAAUGAAUUUGAAUAAUUUGUCUGCACUGUAUUCGGAAAAGUAUUCAGACCCCUUGACUUUUUCCCCAAAACAUUUUUACGUUUGUCGCCUUAUUCUUAAGUUGAUUCAAUUGCUUUUUCCCUCCCAUAAUGACAAAGCAAAAUCAGUUUUUUAGGAAUGUUUACAAAUGUAUAUAAAAAAAAUACGUACAUUUCACAUUUAUACAUUUACAUAAGUAUUCAGACCAUUUAACUCAGUACUUUGUUGAAGCAGCUUUGGCAGCGAUUACAGCCUUGAGGCUUCUUGGGUAUGAUGCUACAAGCUUGGUACACCUGGUACACCUGUAUUUGGGGAGUUUCUUCUGUUCUUCUCUGCAGAUCCUCUCAAGCUCUGUCAGGUUGGAUGGGGAACUUCGCUGCGCAGCUAUUUUCAGGUCUCUCCAGAGAUGUUUGAUCGGGUUCAAGUCCGGGCUCUGGCUGAGCCACUCAAGGACAUUCAGAGACUUGUCCCGAAGCCACUCCUGUGUUGUCUUGGCUGUGUGCUUAGGGUCGUUGUCCUGUUGGAAGGUGAACCUUCACCCUAGUCUGAGGUCCUGAGCGCUCUGGAGCAGGUUUUCAUCAAGAAUCUCUCUGUACUUUUCUUCGUUAAUCUUUCCCUCCAUCCUGACUGUCUCCCAGUCCCUGUUGCUGAAAAACAUCCCCGCAGCAUGACGCUGCCUAGAUCAUACUUCACCGUAGGGAUGGUUCCAGGUCUCCCCCAGACAUGACACUUGCCAUUCAGGCCAAAGAGUUCAAUCUUGGUUGCAUCAGACCAGAGAAUCAUGUUUCUUUAGUCCUUCAGCUGCCUUUUGGCAAACUCCAACUCCGUCUGGCCACUCUACCAUAAAGGGUUGAUUGGUGGAGUGCUGCAGAGAUGGUUGUCCUUCUGGAAGGUUCUGCCAUCUCCACAGAGGAACUCUGGAGCUCUGUCAGAGUGACCAUCGGGUUCUCGGUCACCUCCCUGAUCAAGGCUCUUGUCCCCCGAUUGCUCAGUUUGGCCAGACGGCCAGCUCUAGGAAGAGUGUUGGUGGUUACAAACUUCUUCCAUUUAAGAAUGAUGGAGGCCACUGUGUUCUUGGGGACCUUCAAUGCUACAGAAAUGUUUUGGUACCCUUCCCCAGACAAUCCUGUCUCGGAGCUCUACAGACAAUUCCUUCGACCUCAAGGCUUGGUUUUUGCUCUGACAUGCACUGUCAACUGUGGGACCUUAUAUAGACAGGUGUGUGCCUUUCCAAAUCAUGUCAAUUGAAUUUAUCACAGGUGGACUCCAAUCAAGUUGUAGAAACAUCUCAAGGAUGAUCAAUGGAAAGAUGAUGGAUCUGAGCUAAAUUUCGAGUGUCAUAGUAAAGGGUCUGAAUACUUAUGUAAUUAACGUAUAUCUGUUUUUUAUUUGUAAUGAAUUAGCAAACAUUUCUAAAAACCUUGUUUUCGUUUUGUCAUGGGGCAUUUUAUCCAUUUUAGAAUAGGGCUGUAAUGUAAAAUAAAAUUGGAAAAAGGGAAGGGGUCUGAAUACUUUCUGAAUGCACUGCAUUUGUUAGCUCGCUAGCUAACCAGUUGGAUAGGAAUGAUUCCAUUAACUGUAUGUGUUAGCUCGCUAGCUAACCAGUUGUAUAGGAAUGGUUCCAUUAACUGUAUGUGUUAGCUCGCUAGCUAACCAGUUGGAUAGGAAUGAUUCCAUUAACUGUAUGUGUUAGCUCGCUAGCUAACCAGUUGUAUAGGAAUGAUUCCAUUAACUGUAUGUGUUAGCUCGCUAGCUAACCAGUUGUAUAGGAAUGAUUCCAUUAACUGUAUGUGUUAGCUCGCUAGCUAACCAGUUGUAUAUGAAUGAUUCCAUUAACUGUAUGUGUUAGCUCGCUAGCUAACCAGUUGUAUAGGAAUUAUUCCAUUAACUGUAAGUCAAUCCACAGCCAUACACUAACUGACACCAUUUUGUGAUAGGAUUUAGACAAGUAUUGUAUCAUAUACUACUUACAGAUUUCCAAGAAAACAACAAUUAAAACAUUGAAGGUCUCUUUACAUAUUGGUAUAACAUCUGUAAACUGUUUUAGGUUGACAAUAAGUAUAUUACACAAUUUCUGAUAUAUCACAAUGCCUUACUUUUUAUUUUCCUGCAUAAUUUAAGAUUAUGCCUCUACUGCCGUUCAUUACAAUUACACAAUUUUGGAUUUCUCCCUGACCAACAUGGCUGCCGUUUUCACCACGUUCUGGAACUUUGAAGGGUUUAUGACAUAGCCCCUCUAGUAAUUGAAUAGAACCUCUGUGGUUUUAUUCCCCAAGUCCUUCUAACUGUUCAAUAGUCUGCUUCAGAAACCGGUCUACUGUAUACUGUCCAAACUUGAAUAUUAUACUGCUGCUCUGUUUGAUUGAUUGCCCUCGUUGUCCUUUGCAACGAAGAGGAAAUAUAAUGUAAAAUGACUACUGUACCAAAUAUAUUUUGUUUAAGUCUGUGUACAAUAAAAACUGCUUUGAUAACGUACAAUAAUG